AUGGUCCAUCAACCAAGUACGUGGGAACUCUCCCUCGAUCGUGCGAAGCAGCAAUUUCGUGACCACCAACACGAAUGUCAAUAUGAUGGGAGAAUUAGGGGUUCCCGCAAGCUGCCAAGUUCGAUGAAAACCAGCUCCAAAGUGAGAACCACUACGAGUUCUGAUCAUAAUCAGGAUAUUAGCCAUGAUAGCGAGUUUCCCUUCGAUUCAUGGGUUGAGUCUAUAACUGAGGCGGUCAUCCCCUACGAAAAACAUACUUCAUGCGUUCCAUCAAACGGCAGUACGCAAGUAUUUGACUAUGCACAAAAGCUUGGCAGUUUUUCAUCAAAAUUGAGUGUAGCAUCCAAUGCCAAAGAUACAUCCACCGCAACAUCUGGAAGAGUUUUUAAUGAAAACUAUCAAGGUACCAUGAUCCGAUGCCUCGGAAUGAACACCGAAAGGCAGAUCGGAUUUAACAAGUCCUCAUCUGAUAAAUCUUACACUCGAUCCGUCUCAACUUCUUCGGGUCCAAGUUUAUCGUCCUCGUUUGCAUCGACUGCAUCGACUGACAUUACGACGCCAGUGCUUGACGGAAACCAUUUCCAAACACCCAUCUGGGAUAAAAAUAUGCCCAUGCCACUUAUUGAAACCUCAAACAGUCUUCAUAGAUACGAAUCAUUGGCCAAGACACCCCAAGACGUCGUGGUGCUAGAUAAGUACCCAGUCAACGAAGACGUGAAUAAAAAGAAAUCCGAGUUCGUUCCGUCAGCAAUCCUCAAGGGUGAGAGCCGUCCGACCAAUCCCGAAAUGAUUCGUAAAGCUGCAGAAGUUGGUCUUCCUUCCAAUCCAAAUUACAAAGGCGAGCUCACCAACUUCAAUCUCCGCAAUGCCAUGUGUCUCGACCACGAGAAUUGUUCGGUGAGAAUACAUAAAAUUCCUCCAGAGGCCAGUCAUUCCGAGAUCUUCGCUGUGAUUACCCAUGGCAAGGUUUUCUCAUUCAACUACACCCCUCCCGUCAAAGGACUUUUCACUCAUGCCGCUGCCGAUCUUGUCUUCCUCACACGAGACGCAGCACAAGACUUCUUCCAUGACGCAAAGUUCGGCCGUGGCCUUUAUAUUCGCGGGGAGAGACUUACGGUCAUGUGGAAUAGGAUUAAAGUGAUGCCGGCGGAAGGUCGAUAUGAAAGAAUGUCAAGAGUAGUCAGAAUUAAAGGCCCAGCCACCGAAUUGUCGGCAAAAACUGUCGAAGUAUUCUUUCGGAGCAGAUUUGAGUUCGAUCUUGUCACGAAUAAAGAAUGGGUCCAGAGAGAUGGGUGGAAAAUUGUCGAGUUAGCGUUUUCGUCUAUCCGUAGUCAAAGUGAGUCGGCGGUAAAAAGUUUCAACCUUUAUGUCGAACAGGAGAUGCCGAAUGUUGGAUAUCGUAUCUGGUAUGCUCCUGAUCCAUGCUUCAAGCUUGAACGCAUAGGAAAUUUUCGAUUAUCCAGAAAUUAA